CGCAUGCGCGUGUUCCGCGCUAGAGUUUGGGUGGGAGAGUUAGCAUUAGCAUAGGGAGCUAACCAAUCGCAGAGUGUAAUGGCGGCCUCGGUGUUGUUGGGCUCUGCGGACAACACCGGACUCAACUUCACUGUCGGAGGCGGCGGCGGUAGUGGUGCUGGAAACGUUUUAGUCGGUAGUAACAAUGGACUGGGUCCGGCGGGCCCGGUGUCUUUGAACCGUUCUCUGGACCGAGCUCUGGACGAAGCCUCGGCCACCGGGUUUCUCAACCUCAGUGGCAGGAAGCUGAAGGAGUUCCCCCGGAGCGCAGGCAACCACGACCUGAGCGACACCACCAGGGCCGACUUGUCACGUAACCGCCUGUCAGAACUUCCUGUGGAGGUUUGUCUCUUGGUGUCUCUGGAGAGUUUAAACGUUUAUCAAAACUGUGUGAGAUCUCUACCAGAUCACAUGAUCAACCUCCAGGCCCUCACCUACCUGAACCUUAGUCGGAACCAGCUGUCCGUGCUGCCUGUGGUCCUGUGCAGUCUCCCUCUGAAGGUUCUGAUCGCAUGCAACAACAAGCUGGUUGCUCUCCCAGAGGAAGUGGGUCAGCUGAGACACUUGACUGAGCUGGAUGUCAGCUGUAACGAGAUAAGGACGCUGCCUUCGCAGGUCGGCCAGCUGGAGGCGCUGCGAGACCUGAACAUAAGGAGGAACCACCUGGUGACGCUUCCUCCAGGUGGUCUCCACAAACACACACACACACACACACACACAUACAUAUUUGAUGAACAUGCACGUGAUGAGGUGUGUGUGUGUGUUGUGUGUGUGUGUUUAGAGCUGGCCGAUCUUCCCCUCGUGCGACUGGACUUUUCCUGUAAUAAAGUGACCUCCAUCCCGCUGUGCUACAGACGGCUGUCGCAGCUGCAGAGCAUCAUCCUUGACAACAACCCCCUGCAGACGCCGCCGGCGCAGAUAUGCAUUAAGGGCAAAGUUCACAUAUUCAAGUUCCUCAACUUGGAGGCCAGCAAGACGACCCCUGACCUACCAGAGUAUGACCGGCGACCUUUGACUUUCGGCUCCUGUGUUGAUGAGCUAUACCCUGGUCGACCAUAUGGAGCGUUGGAUUCUGGGUUUAACAGUGUUGACAGCGGAGACAAGAGAUGGUCAGGAAAUGAGCCAUCAGAGGAGUCGUCGGAGGUGUCGUCACGUGUGGCGGAGAUUAACAAAGAGUCCAAACGGGUCGCGGCGGGACCACCCCUGCUGGCCAACGGAACACAUGAGCUGGAGCAGAUCGACUUCAUUGACAGUGUGGGGGAGGAGGAAGAGGAGGAGCGGCGGUGCGUGUUGGGAGAGGGCACCAGCCUCAGCUCGCAGUUCAUGGCAUACAUCGAGAGACGCAUCAGCAAGGAGGGUUCUCCAGGGAAAGCUAACAUGUCUAGAGCGGACGACACCAGACAGAGACAGAGCAGGAGCGUGGUGGACGGCGCUACAGCGCCCUCUAGCCACCAGUGUGCGCCUCAGAGGGGCGGCGGUGUGGAGAGGAUGAGGCGCGAGGCUCAGCUUGCCGCUCUGAGGUACGACGAGGAGAGACACAAGAACCGCCCUCUGCAGAAAGACACCAAGAGCAAAGCGGUUCAGAGUCCAACCAAGUCCAGUCCAGACAGUAAGAAUGUCUACCCCUGUAGACGCUCCACCCACACAGAUGACUCCGCCCUCUUCAUGCAGGGAGAAGACAGAGCCAGUCUGUCUCCAACAGCCAAUCCUUCUUACCCCAGCUCAGGGGGCGUGGCCUCCUGUCGGACAGCCAGUGUCCGACCAGAGAGCUUCCUAUAUCGCCUCAGCCAGAGGGAAGAGAAGAGGAGAGGGGACACUUCCGCUGCUCCUCAUCACCAGGAGGAGGCGUCAUCGGUGCCUGUUGCGCUCGGACAUGAUGCUGAACUAGUAGAGCAACUUCGUAAGAAUAUCGAGGCCCGCCUCAAGGUAUCGUUGCCUAGCGACCUAGGGCCGGCGCUGACGGACGGCGUGGUUUUGUGUCACCUGGCCAAUCACGUGCGACCACGCUCUGUCCCCAGCAUCCACGUCCCUUCUCCCGCUGUGCCUAAGCUGACCAUGGCCAAAUGUCGGCGAAACGUGGAGAACUUCCUGGAGGCGUGUCGUAGAAUGGGCGUUCCUCAGAGUCACUUGUGUCUCCCUCUUCACAUCCUGGAGGAACAAGGGCUCCCCCAGGUGGCCGCCACUGUCAGCGCACUGCUGGACCUGGUCCCGCCCAGACACGCCGUCGCCACAACAACGCCGACGACGACAUCAUCGUCGUCAUCCUCAGCUGCCGCCGGAGCCUCUGUUAUCAUGUAGUCGCCGCACGCGCUCGGUGCACACUCCGGUCAGGUUUUCAGCGUGACACAACCCGGAGCCGAUGGAGACCAGGACACAAGUGUUUACACACGCGUUAGCAACGCACAACACCAGCAACAAGGAAGGUUACACAUAAGUUUCUGUGUAUAUAUUGUUUUUAUUUAACUUAACAGGCAAGUUUAGAACUUGUGCGUUGUUCACACUAAAUGUCGUUCCGCAUAAAAUUGACUUAAUGUCAAGCUGUUGGACUAAGCUAACCUAGCAACGGCUAAUAUUAGUAAGCGCAUGCUCAUUGGUGACCAAGUACAGAAUAUUUAAGCGAGCGAAAAUAGCUUUCAAAUGAUAAUUUAUGAUAUAUUAACAUUUGUCUGAGAAGGCCGCACCACUAACUGGACUUUGUUUUAAGUGAACAUUCAGUCAGUGACGACCGAAGACACGUUAGCUAAAUGUUUUCCACUGGAAGAAGGUUGUGUGCUGUGCUAACAGUGUUAGCCGACCUUGUGGCUAACAUGUUUGUGUAAAGACUUGGUGCUCUUGCUCUGUUUUUGUCCCCAUCGCAUUGGAAAUGUCUUUUUUUUUUUAAUGCAAAGUGACACAUGCUUGACUGUCUAACAGACCAAACAUUGUCUCUUCUGUCUUUAUUUUGCACCUUUUUUUUAUCAUUAAUUUGUAAUAUUUCCCAGUGACCUCGUGCGAUCACGUGAUCACAUAUGGAUCUUCAUCAGCUGAGCGACGAAAACUAAAUGUUGGCAACUGUUUUGCCCAAACAUUUGGACAGGAAGUGCCUCUGUGGUGGUGUUGCCCUUUGACCUUGAGCGGGUGACUGCGUGCGCCCUUUUGCUUUUGUAUCUGUGUACAAAUGUAUUGUGUAAAUAGAAACUGUAUGUAUAUAAAUGAGAUUGAAACUGCUGUGUUGCCGCGGCAACGCAGCACAUUUUCCCCGAAAUGGACACGGUCCCUGAUGAGAGGUCAAAGUUGAGUUAAUAUCCACAGGCAGCAGUUUUCACGUGUCACGUUGCACACUAUAGUGUGUGUUGGUUACCAAGACAACGGCCAGGCUAUCCCUGCACUACUUGUUGAGGUUGGAAAGGAAAUGCCACUUUUUUUUUUUUUUUAAGCACAUCAAAACGUGUUUGACACAUUUUCACUUGUUGCUCUUUUGCUGUAAAAGAACAUUUGAACACAUCUGUCAAAUAAAUAUUUGAAUUGGAA